UUAACAUUGAAAUGUAUACACAAUCUGAUCCAGCGAUGCAAUUAUUCCUGGGUUUUGCUAGAAGCUUAAAAGAGAGAGAGCAUAGGAGAUCUCUGAUUUCCAAGCCAGAAAAUUAAGUGGAAGCAGUUCUUCCGGGAUUUGCCAAAAAGCUAAUUACCACAACCUAUAGCUCUCUCUCUCUCUCUCUCUCUCUCUCUCUCUCUAUCUAUCUUCAAGACAAGAGAAAGUCAUGGAUAGUAGUUAUUUUGGAGAGCCAAACAUGGGAAAUGAAAGAGUAAGUGGUUCUUCUUCGUCUUCUUCAAGAAAAGGGAAGAAGAAUAAUCAAGACAAGCCAAAGCAACCCCAAAGAGGAUUAGGUGUUGCUCAAUUGGAGAAAAUCAGAUUACAUGGUCAAAUGGCUUGUGGUGGCUAUCACCCUCCAUACCCAUCUAACUUUAACAAUGAAGAUCCAAGGGUGCAAACACCCUAUUUAUCAGUACCAUCAUCCUCAUCUUUUUCUUACUCAUCCUCAUCUACAUCUUACUCACCUUCAUAUGGCUUCCAACCCAACAUUGUGAUGUCCCUACCCGAAUAUGAAAGAACAAACAUUGGAUAUGGAGAUUCACAGCCAACAAAUAUUGCAAGAUGGGAACAUUCCACUGCUCAAACUAGACCUUUACUUAACCUAUAUGACUCACAACACAUAGAUACCAAGAAGUAUAUAAGUGGUUCCGGUGGUGCAAGCAGUCAGAACUCUGAAUCAAGUGACACUCAAGAACCAGAUUUGGAGCUAAGACUUUCUCUUUAAUCUGCCACUAUAGUAAGAGUGGCAAUUCUAGUAAUUGUAAUGCUUUUAUUUACAAUUAUGAAUUGAAAAAGCACAUGAACAAGCCAAUGUGUUUGUUUUAAAGUUUCAUCCUGAGAUAUCAUAUAUAUACUCUUGUGUCAUGAAAGAUAUAGAUUAACUACUCUUUUGCAUAAAAGCAAUGCAAACUUCUCUUUUAACGUAUAUUAUCAAAGAAACUAAAGAGAAGUUAUUGUAUGAUCUCUUGCUCUUAAUUAUUAUUUUAUUAGGUUAA